AUGCCUAACGAUAAUAUAGAUAAAGGUCGCUUAAAGGACCUUAUUACGAAACGAUCUUCGGCCAAGGGUCAAAUUACUAAAUUCAAAAAUUAUUUAAAUGGUAUAGCAAAUAUGAUUGAAUUAAAUAGUAUUCAAUUAACGGAAUUAAGUCUUAAACUUGCAAAGUUCGAGGCAUUGUCGGUUCGGGUGGAUGACUUGCAAAAUGAAAUAGAGGUUCUAAAUUUUGAAAACAUUUCUACCGAAAUUGAUGAGCGCGACAAUAUCGAACGCGAUAUUAUUAUUAAUAUCGCUACUGCUAAAACAUUAUUAGAUAAAUUUAUAAAGAAAACAGAAGGCGAGCAGAGACGGAUCUCGAUUCUUGACAAUUCUUACUGUUCAGAUCAAGAAAUCGGUUUAAAACUUCCUCAGAUUCAAAUAGCUAAGUUUGAUGGAGCAUAUUUCCGUUGGUUAGAGUUCCGUGACACUUUAGAAAAUUUAAUUCAUAAUAAUAUGCGUAUGUCAUUAUUAUUCAUAAGUUUCACUACCUGA